CCGGCUGCAGCUGCUGAGUGUGUGGUUCCUGGUGGGCUCAUGUGUUUUCAGGGUGGAGAAGUCUUGCUCAAGGAACUGCAGAACACAGCCUGGCGGAGGUAGUGUUAAAGCAGCUGGAGUGGCAGACUGCUCUGGCACCACCUUCCUCGUGUGCUUUAAGGAAAACUCGUCGGGACUUUUGUAUCUGGAAAGCUGUGUAAAUGCAGUCAGUGUCGUGAUGUCUCAGGAGCAAGAUGCGGAGUGUCAGCAGCCCCAUGGCAGCAGCACCUGCUCACAGUCCCAAGGUGGUUUCUCGCAGUCCCAUGGCCCCUCCUCACAGACACAAGGCAGCUCCUCACAGUCCCAGGGCACAUCCAGCUCCUCUACCAGCACAGUGCCAACGUCCAGCCAGUCUUCUCACUCCAGCUCGGGGACACUGAGCUCCUUAGACACAGUGUCCACUCAAGAACUCUAUUCUAUUCCUGAGGACCAAGAACCAGAGGAGCCUGCCCCUUGGGCUCGUUUAUGGGCCCUUCAGGAUGGAUUCUCCAAUCUUGAGUGUAUUAAUGACAGCUACUGGUUUGGGAGGGAUAAAAGCUGUGAGUACUGCUUUGAUGAGCCACUGCUGAAAAGCACGGAUAAAUACCGGACUUACAGCAAGAAACACUUUCGGAUUUUCAGGGAAAUGGGUCCUAAAAACUCUUACAUCGCAUACAUAGAAGAUCACAGUGGGAAUGGAACUUUUGUAAAUAGAGAGCUUGUAGGGAAAGGAAGACGCCUUCCUUUGAAUAACAAUUCUGAAAUUGCACUUUCAGUGUGGAAUAAUAAAGUUUUUGUAUUUUUCGAUCUGACUGUAGAUGACCAAUCAGUUUAUCCCAAGGAAUUAAGAGACAAAUAUAUCAUGUCAAAAACUCUUGGAAGUGGGGCCUGUGGUGAAGUGAAGCUAGCUUUUGAGAGGAAAACAUGUAAGAAAGUAGCCAUAAAGGCCAUCAGCAAAAGGAAGUUUGCUAUUGGCUCCGAGAAAGAGGCAGAUCCGGCUCUCAAUGUUAAAACAGAAAUUGAAAUUUUGAAAAAAUUAAAUCAUCCUUGUAUCAUCAAGAUUAAAGACUUUUUUGAUGCCGAUGAUUUUUAUAUUGUUUUGGAAUUGAUGGAAGGAGGCGAGCUGUUUGACAGGGUAGUGAGGAAUAGACGCCUGAAAGAAGAUACGUGCAAACUAUAUUUUUACCAGAUGCUCCUGGCUGUGCAGUAUCUUCAUGAAAAUGGCAUUAUUCAUCGUGAUUUGAAGCCAGAGAAUGUUCUGCUCUCAUCUCAAAAAGAGGAUUGUCUUAUAAAGAUUACUGAUUUUGGGCAGUCCAAGAUUUUGGGGGAGACCUCUCUCAUGAAAACUUUAUGUGGUACCCCUACUUACUUGGCUCCUGAGGUUCUUAAUUCCUUUGGGACUGCUGGAUAUAAUCAUGCUGUGGACUGCUGGAGUUUAGGAGUUAUUCUUUUUAUUUGCCUUAGUGGGUAUCCACCUUUCUCUGAGCAUAAGACUCAAGUGUCACUGAAGGAUCAGAUCUCCAGUGGAAAAUACAACUUCAUUCCCGAAGUCUGGGCUGUGGUCUCAGAGAAGGCUCUGGACCUUGUUAAGAAGUUGUUGAUUGUGGACCCAAAGACACGUUUCACAACAGAAGAAGCUUUAAAACACCCGUGGCUUCAGGAUGAAGACAUGAAGAGAAAAUUUCAGAAUUUGCUGUUUGAAGAAAAUAAGUCAACGGCUUUACCUCAGUUCCCAGCCCAGCCUUCUACGAGUCGAAAACGGCUCCUUGAAGGGGAACCAGAGGAAGCCGGCACCACAAAACGCCUGGCUGUAUGUGCUGCUGUCUCGUGAACACUGGUUGAACAUGAAAGAAAUGAA